AUGACUGGGCUAUUUUUGAAGCUGUCGAAUAUGAAAUGUGUCGCUGCAAGGAUAUGUGUAAAUAUAACAUUUGUUUCAUUUUUAUUGUUGUUUUGUGAAAGAAGGAAGCUUGUCGAAAUAACCUACACUUACAUUAUACAGAAAAAAAAGGUCAUAACCGAAUUUAACCCGCCUUUAUUUGUAUUAUUACCCAUAUUUUUCACCAUAUUGUAUAUAUUUAUGAUAAAUUCUUGA